AUGCCGUUUCGAUUGACCAACAUUUCCAAACUAUGCCAGAUAAGUCAUACCGGAACUGCCGUGUUUCUGAUAAGGCUGGCGCCAUUUAUACAGAGAUACCCUACGGUAAAAACGUUAAAAGUGGGAUACUUUCUUCGGGCACUCAAUACCCAAAGACCGCCCGAACUGCCUGAUAACAAUAAUGAAUCCCUUGGGAAAGUGGCCUCCAAAAUCUUGUCAUGUCAGGAUUCUGGCGCCGCUUCGUCGCAAAGUCUAAGUGAGGAAGGAAAGCCUCGAAUACCCUUUGAGGCGAUUCCUAAAAAAGCUACGUCUGUCGCAGCCUCAAAUGAUACGAAGAAGCUUCUCAAACAAUACUUCAAGUUGACUAAGCCAAAUCUCACGCUUCUUGUCACCUUGAGCUCGAUCUGCUCGUAUGCCAUCUCGCCUAAUUCCGUGUCCAUCAUUGAGUUAAUCUUUUUGACCGCUGGAACAGCGCUCUGCUCGGGAUCUGCCAAUGCUAUCAACAUGGGAAGAGAGCCUGAAUUCGAUCGUAAAAUGACCCGUACUUCGACGCGUCCCGUUGUCAUUGGUGCUGUCACUCCCAGACAGGCCUUCCAGUUUGCCUUGGCCACUGGCUCUUUGGGAGUAGGAAUCCUUUACCUUGGUGUCAAUCCAGUCGUAGCAUUCUUGGGAUUCUUGAAUAUUGGCCUUUAUGGCUGGACAUAUACUUCUCUCAAGCGCCGCUCUAUCUUGAACACAUGGGUGGGGGCUAUCGUGGGUGCAAUCCCUCCUCUUAUGGGAUGGGCCGCCUCUACAACAUUAAUGCAUCCCGGCGCAUGGUCUCUUGCUGCGCUUUUGUAUGCUUGGCAAUUUCCUCACUUCAAUGCAUUAUCGCACAAUAUCGCUGAUCAAUACAAGGGCGCUGGAUAUGUCAUGACUGCAGCCGAAAACCCCAAAUUAAAUGCGCGUGUCGCCCUCAGAUAUUCACUUUUGAUGUUCCCAAUAUGCUUUUCGUUGAGUUAUUUCAACGUCACUGAUUGGUUCUUCGCAUUCGACUCCAGUUUAGCAAACGGCUGGCUAGCAUACUUGGCCUUCCAGUUCUGGCGCCAACAGAGAAAGAACCACGCCCCAAAUCAUACACCUUCUGCUCAGAGCAUUCUUUUGGCCAAUGUACAGGCCAAAAAGCUUUUCUGGUGCUCUGUGUGGCAGCUCCCAAUGGUUCUCGUGCUUGCAAUGCUACAUAAAAAGGGACAAUGGGAUAGAUUAUGGGACUUUCUUCAACUUUAG